AUGUCGUACGUGGUCAGACUUGGUGACCAGACUUCGCCGGAAUACAAAGCGCUUGCAGGGGUGCUCAUCGGUGAUCCUGCAUCGCCUGUCCUGUGGAACCUGUUCCUGGCCGACUUCCACCUACCUCCUGAUGCCGACGAUCCAUUCCUCGCCGGGGUGCGCAUCUCCCAUAUGGAGCACGCAGAUGACAUGGCCAUUGGCUCCUACUCGGAGCUAGGUCUGCAGACCCAUCUGAAUGCCUUCUUUGCAUGGUGCACCGCAAACUUCUUGGUGGUCAAUGCGUUGAAGUCAUGGGUUAUGGUGUUUGGGCCCCUACCACGGAUACCAUACAUCUUUCACCUUGGAAAUGAGAUCGUGCGGUACACAGCGGAGCACACAUAUGUUGGCCUCACAUUCCAGAGCACGUCACCCGACGUCUUCGCGGGACACUACGCUGCCAAAGCGUCUAAAGCGCGCCGGUGUGCACACGCCAUACUUGGCGUGGAGCGACUGGUAGAAACUCUACCACCCAGAGAAGGACGACUCCUGUUUAUUGCGCGAGUCGAUCCUCACCUUAUUUCUGGGUCGGAAGUCGCGCUGGACGUCACAGAGGCUUGCUUCAAGCUCCUUGUGGAGGUUCAGCUGAUGUUCCUGCGAAGGCUGCUUGGCCUGAACCCGCGGUCCAUGAUUGCACCCCUCUUUACGGAGCUGUGCAUUGACCCCAUCCGAUUCCGCCGUGCAAUUCUAGCGCUCGGAUACUUGGCGUAUGUACUCGCUCUGCCGCCCACACACUAUGCACGCAUUGCGCUGGCGGAUUCCAUGGAUCUCUACCAAAGGGGCAAGCCGUCCGGGUGGCUAGCGGAUCUGCAGUACGUUCUGCGCAACCUCCCAGAGGCCGUCAACGUAUCGUCCAUGCUGGACCUGACGUGCAAAGAGGACGUCGAGGUGGUCAUAAAAGAGGUGAAGCGGGCCUCUAAGACCUGGCUUCAACGGCAAGUCAACGACUCGGACCGGCUGUACUUGAUACACGGACGGCUCGAGCCUAUGGACAAGGGCGUAUUCCGCUACGUGGUCUCGUACUUCCGCAACUACCUGCACGUACCUGUACCAGAUCAUAGGAAAGCCGUCACACGGCUGCUUCUCGGCGACCAUGGUCUAGCGCUGGAGGAGAUGCGACGAGUUCAUCGCUACCAUGCUCCGGUCCCUCGCGACAUGAGAUUAUGCCGUCUGUGCUCCCAGGCGGUGGAAUCGCCAGAACACGCUUUAUUGCUCUGCCGAGGGAACGGAGACCUUCUGCUGUUGCGUGAGGCACUCUUUGUGGACCUGGAGCCAAUCUUUCCGGAGCUGCGGAGCAGAGUUCAUGCUCACAACGCAGUGGAACUCACCCAAAAAAUCAUCUUUCGUAGAGAUACCGUCAACCGUGUGGCAAAGUUUGUACACGAGGUUCUCAAACUAUAUCAGGAAGUGCCCAUGCUUUGGCCGGCACUGCCUGUCCCGUAA